GGGUGGCAAACCCAAAGCCACGUGUCAAACAUUGACCAGAGUCUACAUUAACGAAUAACGACCACAAAACACCAGUAAGUCAGUAACCAACAAGAGCCAAUCCGGAAUUACCCAUGCUGAUUGAUUGAGCUCACUCACCCAACCAGACAAUUCUUACACGUUCUCUCUCUUCAAUGGAGCUCCGAUCACACGACUUCACUCUCCACUCAAUAAUCCCUAAUCUCAAAACCCUAAUUCCAAUCUUCCACGGUUCAACCACACUCCUCCGCCGCCGGAAAACCGUCGCCGGUAUCCGAGCAUCGGUGGCGAAGGAAAUACCGACGACGGUGCUGGAGCAGCCCGGUGGAAAGAUGGUGGUGGAGCUAGUCGGAGCUUUCAAUCAGCUCACUGAAAGAAUGAACUACAAUGUAUUAUCGACCAGCUCGUCGCGCAUCCUUUUUAAGGCUUUGAAACUUUCCAUUCCAAUUUUGCAGACUCUCCCUCUUUCUCCUGAUGGCAGGUCCCCUCUCUCUAAAGCGUUGUCUGUUGCCGUUCUUCUCGCCGAUCUUCAGAUGGAUGCUGAAGUAAUUGCAGCAGGAAUACUAAGGGAAGUUUGGGAGGCUGGUGCAAUCUCUAUACAUCAAGUGAAAGAUCGGAUAGGAACUGGAACUGCCCAUUUACUGCAUGAAAGCCUACGUGUAAAAAAAGCUCCAUUUAAAGCUGAGCUUCUGGAUGAUGAUAACGCAGCUGCAAUAAGGAGGUUUUGUCUGACAUAUUAUGAUAUCAGGGCUGUGGUCUUAGAUCUUGUGUUGAGGCUUGAUAUGAUGAGACAUCUGGAUUACCUUCCAAGAUAUCAGCAACAGAUUAUUUCUCUUGAGGUUAUGAAAGUACACGCUCCUUUAGCUCAUGCUGUGGGAACAUACUUCUUAUCACUGGAGUUGGAGGAUUUAUCAUUCAGAUACUUGUUUCCUUCUUCUUACCUCUAUGUUGAUACAUGGUUGAAGAGGUACGAGAAGUGUAGCAAGGAUUUAAUAGAUCUACGUAGAGAUCACUUACUUGAAUCUUUGAGUAUGGAUCCAUCAUUACAGAGUAUGGUUGAUAAUAUUUCAGUCAAAGGUCGAUAUAAAAGUCGUUAUAGCACCAUGAAAAAGCUUCUUAAAGAUGGUCGUAAACCUGAGGAGGUAAAUGACGUCAUGGGCUUGAGAGUAGUGUUGAAGACCAAGCCUGGUGUUGAUAUGACAGAAGUAGAACAUAAGGCAUGCUACAGGGCUCGAGAAAUUGUCCUGUCUUUAUGGAAAGAAAUGCCUCAUAGAGCAAAAGACUAUAUAGCUAAACCAAAAGCAAAUGGGUACAAGAGCUUACACAUGUCUGUUGAUGUGAGUGAUGAUGGACAUGCAGUGCCGCUGAUGGAAAUACAGAUACGAACUACACAGAUGGAUAUGUUAGCAGCUGGUGGAACAGCAUCCCAUUCAUUAUACAAAAGUGGUCUUACAGGUCCAGAAGAGGCAAAACGACUCAAGGCCCUUAUGGUGGCUGCAGCAGAGUUGGCAGCUUUGCGUCUCAAGGAUCUUCCGUCUGUGUACAACUCAGAGAUUCAUCAGAAAGAUAGAGUAUUUUUCUUGCUGGACAAAAAUGGUGAUGGUAGGAUUAGCAUUGAGGAACUAAUGGAAGUCAUGGAAGAACUUGGUGCCCAAAAGGAGGAUGCACAAGAGAUGAUGCGGCUUCUUGAUUCAAACAGUGAUGGUUCCCUGAGCUCUGAUGAAUUUGAUUCAUUCCAGAAGCAGGUUGAAAUGAUGCGCAAUAUUGAUGAUAAAGACGGGCAAUAUAAAAUUAUGCUCGAGGAGAAGCUUCCCAUUGCUGAUGAAAGUGGCUUAAUUCAAAUUUACAGUAAAGAGCUUAGCAAUGGGGUUGCUAUUAGUUAGCAUAGUUAGGUUAUACUCGUAUUUACUAUUUAAGUUGAGGAAGAAAAUUUUGUACAGAAUUGGAUUUGACAAAUGAGAUUGUAAAUUGUAAAUAGCCAAAUACUAUGGAAUAUGAAACUGCAUGUAAAUAUUUGAAGUCUUGUAGAUAUAUGAAUCCAAUGUUAUCCUAUUUAAUGAAGAUAAUUUUCGCACA